AUGAGGAAAUCAUGUCCAAAUUUUGACAAAACAGAUGGACUGGACACGAUUCUGGAGGUGCCUAUUCCGGAGGAAAUGUUGGCAAACAUGGGCACGAACGGGUUCAAUCGUUGGCAGAAUCUAAAAACACUAAUGAAUAGUGCUCAAGAUAAGUCGUCGGGUCUAUCCGCGCCUUCGAAUAACGAAUUCACUGCAUUGCUUAAGCUUGUUGGUGCUCCCCUCAUUCCUUUUCAGGUCCAAUCCGACAAUACUUUGACUCGGCCUCUUCGGGAUUGUUCCAUCAGAGAUUCGAUUGGGAAAUACAUAAUACAACAGUAUGUGGCAGCAACCGGAGGACAAAGCGCAUUGAAUUCAUUGAAAAACAUGUAUGCAAUUGGAGAAGUUAGAAUACAUGGAUCGGAUAUGCGUCAUGGCGCCGAUGAUAAUAGUGUUAAUUCAAGAGGGAAAGCUGAAGUAGGAGGUUUUGUUCUAUGGCAGAAGAAUCCUGAUUUAUGGUGCUUGGAAUUGGUUGUUUCUGGUUUCAAAAUCACUGCUGGUAGCAAUGGCAAAGUUUCAUGGAAUCAGUCUUCUUCUCAACCUUUUCAUUCGAAUAAAGGCCCUCCUCGACCCCUUCGUCGCUUCUUUCAGGGGCUGGAUCCGAGGUGCACGGCGAACUUGUUCCUCGAGGCAGAAUGUGUAGGCGAGAACAAAAUCAACGAAGACUUGUGUUUCAUUCUAAAACUACAAGCGGAACAGCAUUUCCUGCAAGCGCAAAGCACGUCAAACACAGAAAUCAUAAUGCACACAGUAUUGGGAUACUUCAGCCAACGAACGGGACUACUUAUAAAAUUCGAGGACACAAAGUUAGUUAGAAUGAAGGCGGUUAAAGGAAAAGACUCGGUGUUCUGGGAAACGAACAUCGAGUCUACGAUUGAAGACUAUAGAUGCAUUGGUGGGAUUAACAUAGCGCAUGGUGGGAAGACAGUGUCGACGCUAUACAGGUAUGGCGCGGCGCAUAAUCAUAAACAGAUGAUUGAAGAAACAUGGUGCAUUGAAGAGAUUGAUUUCAACAUUGUUGGAUUGUCUAUGGAUUGUUUUCUUCCGCCGUCGGAUCAGGAGAAAGAACAUGAUGGUGCGGAGCAUGCAGUGGGAGUGAGUUAG